AAGGGGAAAUGGGUUCAGAUUUCUUGAUGGGGACGGAAGGGGGAAGUAAAUAAUUUAAAUGUCAUUGAUAUCCGGCAAUAUACAUUAGGAGACCUUUAACGAACGUUCACACAGUAUACUUGGUCCUGAAAAAAAUCGUCUGGAUAACCUUCUGGAUUCGUAAGGCUGAAGUUUGAGUCCUGUAGCACUCCUGUCUUUGUUACCGUACAGUAGUCGCAUAAGGGACGUCCGUAAUAAAGUAGCGAAUAAAUGACAGUCCCAUUAACAUGAAUCGCUUGAUAUUUUAAUCACUUGCUAUUUAUCAUUUUUACUGUCCUGGUUAUUAUCUGGUUACCUAGCGAUGGUAAGCAGAGGGUAUUCGUCUGCUUUGUGCGAACAAAGGACAUGUUAACUUGACCAAAACAGAUCAAUGCUGUUAUUAUCAAUAGCGCGUUUUCCUAAAGCGGAAAUUCUGGACUUGUUACCUCGAAGUGCCAUUUGAUGUGGCAAGAGUCCGAAAAUCAUACGGAGAAAGAUGGCAUCAACUAAAGGAAAAGCUGGAAUAAAUAAUGAAAGCAGUUCUGGUCGGGAUAGUGGCAGGACAGAAGCUGGCAGCCCCACGUUACCCGCAGGGGCCGCAUCCCUGACCACCAACCGGACCUACACACUAGAUGACCUGGAUACCAUUGCCACUGUUGGUACAGGAACUUUUGGGAGGGUGUUUCUGGUGAAGGAUAAAAAGACUAGAGGAUUCUUUGCUCUGAAAGCAAUGAAGAUCCCAGAUGUUAUUCGUCUAAAGCAGGAGCAGCACGUACAUAAUGAAAAAGAGGUUUUGACAGAGGUGAACCAUCCUUUCCUGGUCAGACUGUUCUGGACGCACCAUGAUGAUCGCUUCCUCUACAUGUUGAUGGAAUAUGUGAAUGGCGGUGAACUCUUCAGCUAUUUACGCAGCCGAGGACGUUUCACCAACAGUACGGGAAUGUUUUAUUCAGCUGAAAUCGUGUGUGCCAUUGAAUACCUUCACUCCAAAGAAAUCGUCUACAGAGACCUGAAGCCAGAGAAUAUAUUGCUGGAUAGCGAGGGGCACAUUCGACUGACAGAUUUCGGGUUUGCUAAAAAGCUCUCCGAAAGGACAUGGACUCUGUGUGGUACUCCUGAGUAUUUGGCUCCAGAGGUGAUCCAGAGUAAAGGUCACGGGCGAGCUGUGGACUGGUGGGCUCUGGGUGUGCUCAUCUUUGAAAUGCUGGCAGGAUAUCCACCCUUUUUUGAUGAUAAUCCCUUUGGCAUCUACCAGAAGAUUCUGGCCGGAAAGCUGGAGUUUCCGCGGCAUCUGGAUUUCUAUGUAAAGGACCUAAUAAAGAAGUUUCUCGUGAUUGACCGGGCAAGAAGGCUUGGAAACAUGAAGAAUGGAGCCGAUGAUGUAAAAAAGCACAGAUGGUUUAAGUCAGUAGACUGGGAGUCUGUGCCCUGUAGAAAACUCAAGCCACCCAUAGUUCCAAAGGUGUCUCACGAGGGAGACACGUCCAACUUUGACUCCUAUCCAGACGAUGAGUGGAAGAAGGACACACCGGUACCAGCGAAAGAUCUGGAAAUUUUUAAAAACUUCUAAAAGGAAAGUCAUUUUUAAUGCCUAAACAAGACAGGACUGUUAAAAGACAAAGGCUCAGAGCUGACAUUUUAAGCAUUCAGGGGACAUUUAAUGGUUCUAGUUGCAUUAUUAUAUGCAUGUUCUUCCUGUCGGUCCCUGAGUCCUGCACACUUGAGAAACAAACAGACUUCUUGUGGUCACUAUUACUGUCAUCAUAAUUAUCAUCAUUAAAAAACGAGGAGGAAACUGUCUAUCACUUCAGCAUUAUUCAGCACAGCCUGGGUCUCUUUAUAUUAUGCAAAUCUAAAGUUUUUAAACAUCAUCUUAUAUUAGCAAUAUCAAAGGUUCUUUUUUUGCUGGAUCAAGAUGAUGUCUUCACUUAGACCUGAACAUAUAUGGUCUUUUUGUUGUUGUUGUUAUCUUGAUAACUUUAUAUUUGGAAAAGCUUGCUGUAUCAGAGCUUUAAGCUUGGGAAAUGUUAUUUUCUGAUCAUCUGAACUCUCAGUGUUGAUGUUUUCAUCCCACAUAUGUAACACUUGCGCCUGUUUCACACUGCACACUUGAUUAGACGCAACUAUGUGCUUUUUACACUGGCGGCACUACUGUUACUAUUAUUAGUGUUUUCUUUAAUAACAGCGAUGCAUUUUUAACAGUUAACAAAGUAAAAAUAUUUCAGAUUGUGGUGGAACAUAUCAAAAUAUCUACAACUGAUGCAAAACAACAAAUAAACUGAAAGUCUGUAAAUCAUCUGGAUUUAAUCAUGAACAAAAAGUGUGACUAACUUUUUAACUUUCACAAUAGGUGAAUAGUUCAUUCUAGGGCUGCACAAUAUAUUGUUUUCUGAUCAAUAAUGUCACGUGUGAAUCUGUUACAUAUAGUUACAUCGCAUGUCCAUUUACUGUAGGUUUAUAAUUAACCAGAAAGCACAGUUCAGAACACAUGUGAUUUGUGAAGUUUUACACUAAUAGAAUGAAAGACUUUUUGGGCACAAGAAAUCACACCGUUUGUAACUUUAGAAAAGAUUAAGAACAACUAUUUAUAUAAGGAAGACUUCACAGUGCUAUUUUUGAUCAUACAAUUUAGAUGAAUACUUUUUGACUCAAAAGAUCGUGAAGCUUAAACUUUUAAAACUGCAUGAAGCAAAAAAGGUGUAUUUAAUUUGUAUUGUUGUUGUUUUGUAUUGGUCUGCGCUUGUUAUUUGUUUAUUAUAUGUUUUAUGCAGACGCACUCCAAUAUGAAAUCAUCCCAGUCAGUAUAAAAUUAGUAAAUAUUUCCAAAUAGACUUAUUUACAGUAUGUCAUCUUGUGAAAUUAUAUAUAAUUAUACAUAUCGCAAUAUGUAUCACAGAAAAUGUAUUUUGUUUGUUUGUUAUUUUGUCCCCAAUAUCAUGCAGCCCUAGUUCACUCCAGUUUUGUGUAAUCUGAGCCCAUUUCUGUCACAUUAGUUAAUAGAAAACAUACUGGACAUGAUUAGGACACAAAAGGUUCACAAAUUUGUCAGAUGUUUAUUUAUUUAUUUAUUCAUUCAUUUUUGGUCAUAAUUGAGAAGUCUUAACAAUUGGAUUAUGACAUUCGAAUGAUUUCAGGAUUUUAUAAAAGCAAAUAUUGGAUUAUAAUUGAAUCUAAUCUAACAGAUAACAGAUACAGGUCUUUUUAUGUUGCACUUUAAAGGAUUUCAUUGAUAUGGGCACUGUAAUAAAUGUGUGCAGUGUGAAACAGGCCAGUACACACAGAAUGUUGUUUUGUGUGUUGUGCUUUGCUGCUUUUUUAUUGAUUUUCUAUGUAAACAUGGUGUCUUUGACAGCUCUGCUGUGCCUCGUUACUUUCAUUUUUUUUUUCUUCAACACCUCAUUUUUUAAGACACCAUCGAGUUUAAAUAAGUAACAUUUUUAAAAAGGUGUUUCAUGACCCUGCCUUAUUUUCAUUCAUCCACCCUAAUUCAAUAAUAUCAUUGUGGCGUUUUGCAUUUAGACCACAAAACCAUGUCCUGUGUGAAAAGUCCCAAGAUUCCAAAGAGCUUUUCAACACAUUCCUGCCAGGAUGUCAGAGUAAGAAUACCAGGGAAAGUAGAGGUACAGUAGCACUUACCUAAUCAAACUUGACCUCACAAUCCUGUAGGUAACUCAUAAAUCAGCAUUUAUGCUUGUAUUAUCAGAUACUCAUUGUUGGUCGUGCUUUACAAUGUGCUCUGUGUGUUUACUAAUUGGUUAAGUGCAUAAGACUUACAGAAAAAAUGCUAGCCAGGUGUUUUCUAAAGUUGCCUUUCGUUGAUUUGGAGGUGAAUUUAGCAAACACAGUUUACAUUGCUUUGUACUGCUACUUCUUAAUAAAUGUUUGGCCGAUCGAAAGCCUUGCGUAAUGGGAAGAGAACUGACUAUGGUGUGAAAUGCUUUAGAAAUGUACUGUAGCUACUGUGUGUAUGUUCGAAACAAUUCCUGUUUCUUUCUGAACUGUUUUUGUGUUGUCUUCUGAAGCAGUGAUCUAUCAUCGUAUUGUCUACUGAAAGUCAUUUCUUGAAAUGGCUAUUCUUUUCAAAAUUGCGGAUGCAAAUUUAUACUAAUGAAAGCGAUUUGCAGAUUUCAUAUGGACAGCUGUUACCAUCGUGUGGGUUUAGUUUUUUUUUUAAUGUUACUGUUUUUAUGUUUUUGAACCCUGUGUGAAAAAAAAAAAUGUUGUGCUGUAUUCUUAUUUUACUGUGUUCUUUUUUACAAUUGUUUGAAAGAAAAGAUUGUAUUUUAUAUUGUUUACAACAGCAAAAAAAAAAAUAAUUAAAUGAAGUUCUAUGAACUUAAACAAUUUACACAAACCCCAGCAUAGGAUUUUAUAAUUUUUAUUUUUCUUAUUCGGUAGUUUCCUUUUAUUGCCUUCUGAACAUUGAUGGUGCAUUUGAGAUGGUACAAAGUGCAAUGUUACCUGCAACUAAGCUGUCACGAAAACUUGAGGAAAGUCUACAAUAUUCUAUAUCCAUGAAAAUUAAACAAACUUUUCAUGUGGACUAA